GAAUUAAUGCUUCGGCAGAACUAAAUCCAAAGCCAUCAGCGGAGGAGGGGACCUGGUACCUUUAAAAUACCCCCCCGGCCUCCCUUUUCCUUCCCUUGUUCCUGUGGCUGGGGGGGGUAACCCCCCCUCCAUACAAUGGAGCCAUCUCCUCUGUCUCCCAGUGGGGCAGCACUCCCCCUGCCCCUAUCACUGGCCCAGCCCCCACUUCCAGCAGCUGCAGUGGUACAUGUGUCCUUCCCUGAGGUGACCAGUGCCCUCCUGGAGUCUCUCAACCAACAGCGCCUGCAGGGCCAGCUCUGUGAUGUGUCCAUCCGAGUGCAGGGCCGGGAGUUCCGGGCUCAUCGUGCUGUUCUGGCUGCCUCCUCCCCUUACUUCCACGACCAGGUCCUACUCAAGGGCAUGACUUCCAUCUCACUGCCCAGCGUCAUGGAUCCAGGCGCCUUCGAGACUGUCCUGGCCUCAGCUUACACUGGCCGCCUCAGCAUGGCUGCUGCUGACAUUGUCAACUUCCUCACUGUGGGAUCGGUGCUACAAAUGUGGCACAUCGUGGACAAGUGCACUGAGCUCCUUCGUGAAGGCAGAGCCUCAGCUACCACUACCAUCACCACCUCUGCAGCCACCUCAGUCACUGCCCCUGAUGCCACAGGCCCAGCAGGGAGUGGGGGCACUGUGACCCCUGCUACCAUGAGUUCUGUGCGUUCCCACACCUCCAGUCAGGCCAGUGAGAACCAGUCCCCCAGCAGCAGCAACUACUUCAGCCCCCGGGAGUCCACUGAUUUCUCAUCUUCCUCCCAAGAGGCAUUUGCAGCUUCUGCAGUGGGCAGUGGGGAGCGGCGAGGAGGUGGCCCUGUGUUCUCAGCCCCUGUGGUUGGCAGUGGUGGGGCUACCUCUGGGAAGUUGCUGCUGGAGGCGGAUGAGCUGUGCGAUGAUGGUGGAGAUGGCAGGGGGGCGGUGGUCCCUGGGGCUGGACUCCGUAGGCCAACCUACACACCCCCCAGCAUCAUGCCACAGAAACACUGGGUAUAUGUAAAGCAGGGUGGAAACUGCCCCGCGCCAGCGCCCCUGGUUCCCCAAGAUCCAGAUCUGGAGGAGGAUGAGGAGGAGGAAGACCUGGUGUUGACUUGUGAGGAUGAUGAAGAUGAAGAGCUGGGGGGUAGCUCAGGGAUCCCAGCAGGGGGAGGGCCUGAGGCUACCCUCAGCAUAAGUGAUGUCCGGACCCUGACUGAGCCUCCAGACAAGGGGGAGGAGCAGGUCAACUUCUGUGAGUCCUCCAAUGACUUUGGCCCCUAUGAGGGUGGAGGUCCUGGGGCAGGGUUGGAUGAUUCCGGAGGGCCUACUCCCUCCUCCUACAACCCCUCCCACCCUCCACGGCCCCUGCUUCCCCUUGACAUGCAGGGCAACCAGAUCCUGGUCUUCCCAUCCUCCUCCUCCUCCUCCUCCUCCCAGGCUCAAGGCCAGCCACCAGUGAACCAGGCAGAGCACAGGGCAGUGACCCUGGGGGGCACAUCGGCAGGGGGCUUGGGUAUGCCAGGGGGCACUGGUGGGACCUCUGGGGGAACAGGUGGUGGGGACGGAAAUAAGAUCUUUCUGUGCCACUGUGGGAAGGCCUUCUCACACAAGAGCAUGCGGGACCGGCACGUGAACAUGCACCUCAACCUUCGGCCCUUUGACUGUCCUGUGUGCAACAAGAAGUUCAAGAUGAAGCACCAUCUGACCGAGCACAUGAAGACGCACACUGGCCUAAAGCCCUACGAAUGCAGCGUCUGUGCUAAGAAGUUCAUGUGGCGCGACAGCUUCAUGCGCCAUCGGGGACACUGUGAGCGCUGGCACCGCCUGGGUGGAGGCGGGGCCGGACCCGGAGGCGGGGCCGGACCCGGGGGCGGGGCCGGACCUGGGCCACCCACUGGACCAUCUGUGCUGCCCAAACGAGAGUCAAAAGGGGCAGGUGGGGGUAGCGGAGAUGAGACGACUGGGGCUACGCCCCCGCCCAGCCCAAGAGUCUGGUCCCCAACUGGUGUUCACAAGGUGGAGAUGGGCUUCAGUGGGGGCGGAGGGGCAAACUGA